GUUUUCAAACUGAAAACUACAGACUCAAGUUUGUUUCCCAACUCAUACGUAUUCCCUGAUUACUCAUGCCACACGUGUCCCUGACUGCCCAGUUGCCCCCAGAUUAUAUCAGGAGGCCAGCAGUCACUAGUCUUAAGGUUCCUAGAUUUUUGUGUUCCUCUUAGAAGGAUCUGAGAGCUACUGGGCAUCACGCCGCUACACCCCGGACCAGCAGGGGGCACUGUUGCCAUCUCGGUAGCACACACCGGCUCUUCUUGUGGUGCUCAUUUUUCCUGGAGUCCCCGAAGCACUUCCGGUACGAGCGGAACUUUGGUGAGGCCGGAUGCGCAGCACUGCGACGCAGGCACGCGAGGCGGCAGGAGCUGUUUCCGGUCGCGGCCGUGGCCUGAAUUGUGCCUCCGCCAAGGAACUAUGGAGACAAUUCUCGAGCAGCAGCGGCGGUACCAUGAGGAGAAGGAACGGCUUAUGGACGUAAUGGCUAAAGAGAUGCUCACUAAGAAGUCUACGCUCCGGGACCAGAUCAAUUCCGACCAUCGCACUCGCGCCAUGCAAGAUAGGUACAUGGAGGUCAGUGGGAACCUGAGGGAUUUGUAUGAUGACAAGGAUGGGUUACGAAAGGAGGAGCUCAAUGCUAUUUCAGGACCGAAUGAAUUUGCUGAAUUCUAUAAUAGACUCAAACAAAUAAAGGAAUUCCACCGGAAGCACCCGAAUGAUUUGGUGGAGUUCACAGAUGAAGAGGGAUAUGGCCGUUACCUUGAUCUCCAUGACUGUUACCUCAAGUAUAUUAAUCUGAAGGCAUCGGAGAAGCUGGAUUAUAUCACAUACCUGUCUAUCUUUGACCAGUUAUUUGACAUUCCUAAAGAAAGGAAGAAUGCAGAAUACAAGAGAUACCUUGAAAUGCUGCUUGAAUAUCUUCAGGAUUACACUGACAGAGUGAAGCCCCUCCAAGAUCAGAAUGAGCUUUUUGGGAAGAUACAGACUGAAUUUGAGAAAAAAUGGGAGAACGGCACCUUUCCUGGCUGGCCGAAAGAAACAAGCAGCGCCCUGACGCAUGCUGGCGCCCAUCUUGACCUGUCUGCAUUUUCCUCCUGGGAGGAGUUGGCCUCUCUGGGUCUAGACAGAUUGAAGUCUGCCCUCUUAGCUUUAGGCCUGAAAUGCGGCGGCACCCUUGAAGAGCGAGCCCAGAGGUUAUUUAGCACCAAAGGGAAGUCCUUGGAAUCACUCGAUACCUCCCUGUUUGCCAAAAACCCCAAAUCAAAGGGCACCAAGCGAGAUACUGAGAGGAACAAAGACAUUGCUUUCCUAGAAGCCCAGAUCUACGAAUAUGUCGAGAUUCUUGGGGAACAGCGACAGCUCACUCAUGAAAAUGUACAACGCAAGCAAGCCAGAACAGGAGAAGAGCGAGAGGAGGAGGAGGAGGAGCAGAUCAGUGAGAGUGAAAGUGAAGAUGAGGAGAAUGAGAUCAUUUACAACCCCAAAAACCUGCCCCUGGGCUGGGAUGGCAAACCCAUCCCCUACUGGCUGUAUAAGCUGCAUGGCCUAAAUAUCAACUACAAUUGUGAGAUUUGUGGAAACUACACCUACCGAGGGCCUAAGGCCUUCCAGCGGCACUUCGCCGAAUGGCGUCACGCUCAUGGCAUGAGAUGUUUGGGCAUUCCAAACACUGCUCACUUUGCUAAUGUGACACAGAUUGAAGAUGCUGUCUCUUUGUGGGCCAAGCUGAAACUGCAGAAGGCUUCAGAACGAUGGCAGCCUGACACUGAGGAAGAGUAUGAAGACUCCAGUGGGAAUGUUGUAAAUAAGAAAACAUAUGAGGAUCUGAAAAGAGAAGGACUACUGUAG